AUGGCUGCCGCUAAGCUUGUUGAUCUUAUAAAAUCAAAUGCCAAGCCUCUCCCAGAUAUUUCAAGCGAGUCAUUCGGAUCUCGAUUUGAUCAUCUUGGAAAGUAUAAAGUUGUGUUACUUGGGGAUGGAACCCAUGGCACAUCAGAGUUCUACCGAGCUCGCGCAGAGAUAACCAAAUACCUAAUUCAACAUCAUGGGUUUAAUGCUGUAACCGUCGAGGCAGAUUGGCCUGAUUCGGAAGCGGUAGACAGAUAUGUCCGACAGCGCCCAGGAGAUAAAGCAAGAAUUGAACGACCCGAUGAACCAGCCUUCCAACGAUUUCCAACUUGGAUGUGGCAGAAUUCAGAUGUGCAAGAUAUGGUACACUGGAUGAGGGACUAUAAUCGUAGUCUUUCAUCAGCCAGCCGAGUUGGUUUUUAUGGAUUGGAUUUGUACAGUAUGGGCAGAUCCAUAGACUCCAUCAUCAAAUACCUAGACGCAAUUGACCCAAGAAUGGCGAAGCUCGCGCGCCAGCGAUAUGGAUGUUUGCAGCCAUGGGUUGAAUAUCCGACAGAAUAUGGAUUAGCGAGUUAUCUUGACAGUGGAAUGAAAACUUGUGAAGAAGCUGUACUCGACAUGCUCCGCGAUCUUCUCCAGAAGCGCCUAGAAUACACUGCAGCUCACCAGGAUGGAGAUGAGUUCCAUAGUGCCGAACAAAACGCCUACUUGGUAGCCGACGCGGAGGCUUAUUACAGGGCAAUGUAUUCAGGUUCGAUUGACUCUUGGUCGCUUAGAGACUCCCAUAUGUUCGAGACUCUGAAACGCCUCCUCAGUGCCAAAGGUUCAACGUCCAAAGUUGUUGUCUGGGCACACAAUAGCCACAUUGGCGAUGCCAGAUAUACUAGUAUGGGGAGGCGCAGGGGAGAGCUAAAUAUCGGCCAGCUUUGUCGUGAGGAAUUCGGCAGAGACAAUGUUGCUCUGGUUGGGUGCGGUACGCAUAUCGGCACCGUCGCAGCAGCCCACGAAUGGGGUGGCGAUGUGGAUAUCAUGGAUGUAGUGCCUUCAAGAAGUGAUUCUUGGGAACACCUGGCCCAUCAGUGUGGACAAAAGACUUUUUAUCUCGAGCUCAGGAAGAAUAUCGCGAGCCCCGAGCUGCUCCAUGCUAUGAGAAUGGCAUCACCCCGAUUGGAACGAUUUAUUGGAGUUAUCUAUCGCCCCAAAACCGAACGUACCUCGCAUUACUCGUCCGCUGAUCUCGCAGAUCAGUUUGACGGCUUUGUUUGGUUUGAGCAAACUGAGGCCGUCAAACCUUUGGUAACACAUCAGCCGCACGGCCAUAUUGGCGCAGACGAGACCUACCCCUUUGGACUGUGA